AGCACUGGAGCCUGUGCCAGCUGUCUUAGGUUACUUUCGUCAUGCAGCUGGUGAUCCGUCGGUACCGUCCUGCAGACAAGGACACAGUGCUCACCCUCUUCAGUAUUGGCACCUUGGAGCAUAUCCGUCCAUGUUUCUAUAACGCCAUGACCAGUUCUCUUUACUUCACUAUCACCCCGACUCUGUGUGUUGCUGGUUAUCUCCUUGGCUCUGUGUUUGGGGCUGUGCUGUUCCCAGCAGCUUGGGUAGGUCUCAUCUACUACUGCUGUCAUGAAGUAUAUGCACACUACGUCAGGUAUAAACUUCGCACCGACAUGCAGGACAUCCCUAGGAAUUUCCUCAGCAGACCUGAUGACUGUUUCUGGGUGGCUGAGGCCGAGGUUGGAGCGAGAGCCCAGGUUGUUGGUAUGGUGGCUGUGGUGGCUAAACACAGUGGGACAGAAAAGUAUGGGGAAAUGUUCAGAAUGAUCAUUUCCUCACAGUAUAGACGGAUGGGCCUCGGCUUAAGGUUGACUCAGACCGCAGUUGACUUCUGUAAAGAACGGGGCUUCUCCAAGGUGGUGUUGGAGACUAGCUCCACCCAAAUGGCAGCCGUGGCCCUAUACAGCAAAGUGGGGUUUAACCGUCUCCAGUCUCAUAUCAAAGCACAGGCAGCUCAUUGGAUCUUUUCACUGGCCAGGGUCACGAUUAUAAGGAUGGAAAAAUACUUGUAAACGUAAAAUAACACUCAUCAGCAAUGUGUUGUUUUCAUGCUUGGCUCCUCUUUAACAGUGGUUUAAUAUUUGGCAAUGGGUAAACCUGACUGUAACCAAAACCCUCUGGUUUAGGUGUAAAAAAAAAAGCCAAAUUUGAUGUACACUGUAGGGCUCUAUGAACAGAUAUGAAUGUAAGGAACAAGAUGUUGUUACUAAAAACUUUCUGGUUUCCUCCUACUACACCAUG